GCUGUUGAAAUCCAUGGCUUAAACGAAAGUAACUCUGCAUAGGACUGAAUGUAGUCAUUGGGUACAACGUGGUGUGAGGCUUUUAGCUGUGUAGACACCACUGAAGAUGGGGAAAAAGUACGCAAGUAAGCACUGAAAAUCAAGGAUUUCUGCUAUAUGGUACAAUGGGUGCCUGUGAAUCUGGACAAGAAAUCAACAUCAAUGAUGCCCACAACUGGUACAACAAAUUUAUGAAGGAUUGCCCAUCAGGGCAGUUGAGCCUGUAUGAAUGCAAGUCCUUUCUGAGUCUGCAUGAUAUUAAUCAAGAGGCAGAAUAUUAUGUUGACCAAGUAUUCAAUGCUUUUGACUUGAAUAAGGAUGGCUUUAUUGACUUCUUGGAGUUCAUAGCUGCAAUAAAUCUCAUUAUUCGAGGGAAAAUCAACCAAAAAUUGAAAUGGUAUUUUAAGCUAUAUGAUGCUGAUGGAAAUGGAUCUAUUGAAAAAAGAGAACUUGUAAAAAUAUUCAAGGCUGUUCAGGCUAUUACAGGGUACCAAGAAACAACUCCUGAAGAGUUCACAGAAAUUGUAUUCAAGAAGAUAGACAUCAACCAUGAUGGGGAACUCUCUUUAGAAGAAUUCGUCAAUGGAGUAGAGAGUGAUGAGGAACUCUUCAGAAUGAUUUCAAAGAUCUUUGACCUUUCCAAUGUAUUGAGGAUUAUACAAAGCGGGAGGAAAAAAGCAUCUGAGAGUUGUGAAUCUUAAAAGGAACAAUCAUUGCAGCGACCCUAUUAAAUAUCUACACAGAAUUUCAUUUCAUAUCCACUGUUCAAACUAAGGAGAAGCAAAGGAGGAACAGUCAUUUCAAACAUCUAUUUUUCUCACCUCUGGAUAUGGAUUCUCCAAAUGUUUGUCCACAUGCAUUAUAAAAAACAGUUUUAAUGCUGCAGAAAACAACACUACCAGCACUUGUAAUGUGGAGACCCCACAUACAAAAUACUAACAAAAAUGGAUUAAGUUGUUGAAUUGCUUCUUUAAGUACUUGUUGCUUAAACUUCAAUUUACAGAGAGGUGACAAACAACUAAAUACGAUUUGCUUCCAAUUAGAUCAAUUAGGGGCAAUGCGUGGUUUGCAUCAACUUAAUAUUUGUAUUAAUCAGUGCUUAAACUGCAAGUGGGCUACACGAGAAACACUUCAAUAUAGUGGUGGCUUCAAAAAAUAUCCACUUGGAAAAGCUGUUUACCACUUCAGUAUUAUUAAUUAAGUUAACGUGACAGUGUUGUAACAUUUAAAUUGUUUUGCUUUAGAGAGGUUUUUUGGGUCUAGAUGAGACCUAAUGAAGAACUGAUUCACCUUUUAAAAUAACAUUUACAUGUAAAUAACUAACCCUACAUGAGAAAAAUAAUUGAAACUCUGGAGGAGGUUCAAAAGUACUUGCUUUAAUCAUCUGAGAUAAGUCCCCUGAUUUUGAUGGGAAAAUGGUCCUCUAAUUCAAAAGAAACCUACCUGACUCUCAUUGCAGGUUACACAAAAUAACAAAUCCUAAUCAUGGUGGAAUGGGAGAGAGCAAGCAUUCAAAAGGUCUUGUCUAGACAGCAGAAUCAUAUUUCUAUAUGAGAAGCCUGGGAAAAAGUAGGUUAAAUUUUUCUGCUUGAACAUCACCUACUGAGUCACUGCAUUCUUAAAGUACACAUUGAGCACAGUGAGAAUUUACCUUGACAACGAACCACAUUCUCAUACUGAAAGAAGGCCUGCUAAAUGCUUCUCAGUGCAAUCAUAUACAUGCUAAUGUUUUUAAAUUCAAUCAAGUCAAUGGCUUUAGAAGGGUGUAACUCUGCUUAGGAACUACAUAUGACAUAAUGGAUUCUGAUAAUGUUAAAUUAUUUUUAUUUUUGCAGCAAUUGUGAUUUCCAGGAGGAAAUCAGGGUGCAGAGUAUUACAGAAACAAACUCAUACACUGUUGGUUAUCAUUUUCAAGCUAUAUUACUCCUGCUGGUGGAAAUUUUCAGAAACCCUUUUCCCUUCCUGGAAGUGGUAAAAGCAGGUUGAAGAGUUAAAUACUCCUCUGAAAAUCACUGCACAGCACCAGUUCCACGCUUCAGGCAAAUAGCACACCCUAGCCUUUCCACCUCUCUGCUACCCCUGCCUCCUCCACCUAAGCACUCCACAGCCACAGAAAAUUAUAUUUUGCACAAGGCAAGAGAUGGUUAUAGCUCUUCUUCUGGAACUCUGAGCAAAGUGAGAGGAUCAGUUUGCCACUGAUCAGCCUUACUUUUAUCUACAUACUUGCAGGUAAUAUAAAUAAAACUAAGCAGAGUCAGCUAGAUUUGAGUCCAGUAGCACCUCAGAGACCAACAAGAUUUUGGGAGUAUGAGCUUUCAAGAGUCAAAGAUCCGUUCAUCAGAUAGAUAGCUCAUAACCCUAAACUUUUUGGUGGUCUCUCAGGAACUACUGGACUUUAUCUUUCUACUGCAGUUAGACAAGGCUAGCCUCUGAAACCAAGCAGAGACAGAAAACUACUCUGAAUAAAAAAGUUUAGUACAUCAACAUGAUUUUUAUCACACUCUUUUAUGCAUUGCCAGGACAAUGAAUGAACAGGGAACAUAGGAAUGAAUGCAAAGAAUGUGUGGUGUGACUUUGAUUUUUGGCAAGGCCAGGCCUUAUAGCCAGUUUCUUUUAUCUGAAGUAGCAUUUCUAACACCAGUUUUUUCAUCAUAAAGUUUUAAUCUUGAUAAGUGAAACACAAGAGACUAACAACCUAGCAAUUUCCUCCCUUUCAGAUUCAUUUGAACUCUGUCUGCUUAUACAUGGAAUGUGCCACAUCACCUGUAAUUAUUUUACCAGUAUGCUAGUUAUGAUCAAUACAGCAGACAGCCAGUGAAUGUAACAAGUACGGCUUGAUAUUAAAAACACUCUUGACAUUCUAGCUUUGGCAUUUAGAUCUUUUACAUCUGUUCACUACAACAUAAUAAUGAAUUAGAACUUAGACAUUUCUACUUAUUGUGCAAGGGGACACUAAUAUACCACAGUCUGUAUCAGUAUUUUUACAACUGAAGAAUAAAGUCAUUGUAGAAAGGAAGGAGGCACCAAACAAUUAAAUAAAUGGAGCUUGCAUAGCCAUAGUGUUUAUUCCAUAGAAAUAAAGAGAUUGUAAAUGCAUGA